UUGUUAGUUUCUUUAAACUAUUAUUUUUAAAUUAAAGUUUAAGACCAGGUAGAAAACGUAAAUCCAAGACGCCUAUGAUAAUAGCAAACAUUCAUUGGCUCAAUUUACAAAUGAUUUAUUUACAGAUAAUAACAUCCAUAUGGCUAACAAAUGUCACACGCAUCAUAUCACCUUGUUGUCAAAGCCAAGUUUUAACUAUGUAGAGGGAUCUUAAUUUUAAUAUGCAUAAUAUAUUUGCAACAACAUAAAUCAAUCCGUAACGAUUAGAGUAGUAGUUAGUGAAUUAGUAGAGCAAACAGAAUGUUUUUAGAAGACUGUUUCCCUACGUCGUGUACGCAAUAAAUAAAUAAAUAUGUCGAAGUCAAACAGUCGAUAUAUCAAUAAGAAAUUUCUAAAAAAAUGUUUUACAAUAAAUUUCUGAUAAGCAUUCUUCCAAGACAACAUAAUGUCUUUUUGUUGGAUAAUGGAGAUUCUACUGUGAAUUGUCCACCUACGCCACAUAAGAUUAACUGACUAUUAAAAAGAUUUGUUACCAAUCUAUUAAUUGAUUGGAACACAUAUAUUACCGGUUCGGAAAACACAGCGACCUCAGCCUUGAGCGAUCGUGUAAAAUGUAAUACUUUGGGCAACGCCAAGCUAGUCUAAAUCUGGAUUGAAUUCAUUGGCACACAAUAACACUUUAAUUUCAGUUGUUCAAAUCUUGCCACAGCGAUAUAUCGCUACAGACAUCCCUCCCCUUUUAGUUGAGUUCAAUCAAAAAACCCUAAACAUUCCUUUAGUUAAGUGCUGAUAUAUUACAAUGGGACUUAUGGUAUCUAUCGUGAUCACCUACGCCGGUGUCCAUGAAGCUGUUGAAUGUGUUAGACACAUCCUAAGCGGUACCAUACCUGACAAUCAACCAGGCUUCGAAGAUCUUGUUGAGCACUACACAGAUCUCCUCAGAAAAUCCGCUAAAACGUCAAACAGCUGGAUCGAUUACGGCCAAGGAUACAUAUGUUUGACGGAAGAUAAGAAAGGAAGACUCCAAUCCGCCGAAGUAAAGUACUAUAAUGAAAAAUCCGAUUCUACUCCCCUGUUAUUUUCUACGAGAAUCUCUAGCUUUGGUCAAGAAUCAGUCGAAGACCACACGAUUCCAAAUGGCGAUUUCAAACCUGAAAGGUAUUCGCCAACUAGAACGAAAACUAUCCUAUCUAAUAGCUCGGAAUCUAUCAACGUUGGACAAAGCAGACGAUCGCCAACUCCUAUCAACUUGAAUCAUGUUACCGACGAAGAAACUACCAAGGAUAAAAUGACCUGGGAGUACAGUCCCCAGAGUCCGCCUCCGACACCAGAGAUCCAUUUUCAAUCAUAUGACGACGACAACGGCGGGGUGUACAACGAAGAUUUUCUCAGAUCACUUGACGGAAUUAAGUAUCGACCUUUGCAACGACACGACCCAAGCGGGAGACGCAGGAGUUUCAAAAAGCGAAGGUCGUCUUCGUCGACAUCGUCGAAAGAUUCUCGUGCGUCCCGCGAGGAAGAACUAAACAUGUUCACGUCGCUCGAAGAGGCGGAGUUCGGACGGAUGAACAAAGAAGAUAAGGUCGGCGCGUUCGGAAGCGCUCCUAAUUUAUCAGCGCGUUCUCAUUCCAGAAGUCAUUCGAGAGAAAGAAGAAACGAAAGCACGAACGUAGAAGCCUCAGUCGAGACUGCUGCAGAUGAUAACGAAGUUAAAGCUUUAGAACACCAAAAACUUGAAGCUUUUGAGGAAGAGCCCAAGGAAUGUAAAGAGGUAAUCGAGGAGGAGGAAGAGGAGAUAGACUUCUGGGGUAGUAUGGGAGAUUAGUCGCGCAUGAACGGUGACCGCACUCGAUGGCUUUUUUCUAUGCAUGACUGAGAAUUAAAAUGUUAUUGACUC